CCAGCAUCGUUCCCACUACAGACGUACGGCAGGCAUCGUUGCAGUCCACUCCUAGUCCUCACGAAGUCUCACAGACUAAGUGCCAUGUCCAGAGGAUGCGCACCUGUUCUGCCGCUCCUGCUUUCUACCGGCAUUCUGUUGUACCUCAUUUCGAUGGUAGAUGCAGUUCCCGGACCUCUUGACUGCAGGCGAUUCGUUUUCGCGCCCAAAUGCAGAGGAGUGGCCGCGAAGAGGGGAUUCCCGCCAGCAAAUCGAGCAGGUUACCUUCUUGAUACAGACAGGAAAAUGGAUGGUUUGGAAGAAGUUUUGGGUCUGUAUGCAACAUCCCAACCUAUUGCAGUUCUGCAGCAGAGUGAUAACAGAGGUCAGCAAGGACGAGGAUUUGCCACAAGAGGGCGUUCUGGUCAGGCGUGGAGCUCUGCUGGUGACCAACAGGGUUUGAAGACAGAUACAUUUUAUGACUGGUAUCUCAGCAACAGGAAACGAACUAGGGAUAAUGAUGUUACGUAUGACUACUAGUGUAACUCUCUCCUCCACAGCAGACUCUUUGUGUUUCACUAUGUCCAUUCUGUUAAAUAAAAAAUACACAGGAAGAAAAAGUGUUUCUGUUCGGUUACUAAUAGACACAUCCAAUGACACUGAAUUUGCAUUCUGCUGUCACUGUUGACUAAAUAGCCCUUAUAUAUGUUAGACAUCCUCGCAAGUGUUGCUCUAUUGCUUAUGCAGUUCUAUUUAAUAUGUCAUAAACCAUAGGUAUAACAGUCAAUCUAUUUCCUGUUUUGUUUCAUAGAAUAGAAAUAUCUUGUAAGCACUUCUUGAAAUAAAAACUAUGUGAAAUGUCAAAAUUUUAUUAUAGCCUGAU